GGGGAUGCCCUUACCGCAGCCGGAUGCGGAGGGUGACUGCUGGGAACCAGCCUUAAGUGCUUCUGUGCCUGGACUACGUCAGCAUGUCGACAGAAAAGCUCAAGCAGCACAAAAUCAUCUUUGUGGUGGGUGGCCCCGGCUCAGGGAAAGGGACACAAUGUGAGAAGAUUGUGCAGAAGUAUGGCUACACCCACCUCUCCACGGGGGACCUGCUGCGUGCAGAGGUCAGCUCAGGCUCAGAGCGGGGCAAGAAGCUGCAGGCCAUCAUGGAGAAGGGAGAGCUGGUGCCCCUGGACACGGUGCUGGACAUGCUGCGGGAUGCCAUGGUGGCCAAAGCAGACGUGUCCAAGGGCUUCCUGAUCGAUGGAUACCCCCGUGAAGUGAAGCAGGGAGAGGAGUUUGAAAAGAAGAUCGCCCCCCCCACGCUGCUGCUCUACGUGGAUGCGGGGAAGGACACAAUGGUGAAACGCCUGCUGAAGCGAGGCGAGACCAGCGGGAGGGUGGAUGACAAUGAGGAGACCAUCAAGAAGCGUUUGGAGACCUACUACAAGGCCACUGAGCCUGUCAUUGCCUUCUACAAGAGCAGAGGCAUCGUCCGCCAGCUCAACGCCGAGGGCUCCGUGGAUGAGGUUUUCCAGCAGGUCUGCACCCACCUCGACUGCCUGUAACCAAACCCCCAGCCCCAGUUUCCCCCAGUGCACUCCAGCAGAGACAGCGGAAGCGGCUUUAUCCUGUUUUCAUGGACGGAGCCAUGUGGAGGAAAUUUCAAGGACAUUGUGUUUGGCUCUUUCCCGUCUCUCCCCAGUAAAGUUCACUUUAAUGAA